AUGUUUGUUCCUCCAUCAGAUCCUGUUAAUAAACCAAAAACUUUAAAAGUAUCGCAAUUAUGUGAACUUUGUCAUUGUCGUAAAGCCAUUAUGAAAAGGCCCAAGAAUUUGAUCAAAAUUUGUAAAGAAUGCUUUUAUAAUGUCUUUGAAACUGAAAUACACCAUACAAUAGUAAAUAACAAAUUGUUUUACCACGGUGAAAAAAUAGCCGUCGGUGCCAGUGGUGGUAAAGAUUCAACAGUUUUAGCCUACGUGUUAAAACUAUUGAAUGAAAGAUAUAACUACGGUAUCGAAAUUGUAUUGUUAAGCAUAGAUGAAGGUAUUGUCGGAUAUAGAGAUGACUCUUUAGCCACAGUCAAACGAAAUAAAGAACAGUAUAAUCUACCUCUGGAGAUUAUUUCCUAUAGAGAUUUGUAUAACUGGACCAUGGACGAGAUCGUUGCUUGCGCUGGUAUUAGAAAUAGCUGCACAUAUUGUGGUGUCUUCAGACGACAAGCCUUAGAUCGUGGUGCCAGUAAAUUAGGUAUUAAACAUGUCGUUACUGGUCAUAACGCAGACGACAUGGCAGAAACAGUUUUGAUGAAUAUUUUACGGGGUGAUGUGGCAAGAUUGGAAAAAUCUACCAGUAUUAUUACAGAAAGUUCUGGUUCUCCAGUUAAAAGAUCAAAACCUUUUAAAUAUACUUACCAAAAGGAAAUUGUCUUGUAUGCUCAUUACAAAAAACUAGACUAUUUUUCCACAGAAUGUAGUUAUGCUCCAGAGGCAUUCAGAGGUACUGCAAGAGAAUUAAUGAAAAAUUUAGAAUCUAUUAGACCUAGUUGUAUUAUUGACAUUAUACAGUCAGGAGAAAGUUUGAAAUUAAAACCUAAAAGAGAAAAGAAAAUCACAAUUAGAAAUAAAAAUGUGAGUCAUAACACAAGCAGGAAUGCAGUAAAUGAAAUUGAGAUAAGGAGCGAUGGUACUGUUUCUUUAUCUUCAAGUAAAAAUAACAGUAUUAGGGGUAAUUUUAAGGAUGGUAAUAGAUGCGAAAGAUGUGGUUACUUGUCCAGUAAUAAAGUUUGUAAAGCUUGUACUUUGUUAGAAGGUCUAGCAAAAAAUAGAGCUAAAAUGCAAUUAGAUAAUGAUACAUUUGGUCAAGGGGCUGCCAAGUUAACGAGAGAAUUAGAAUCAUUAUCUUUUUAA